GUCAAGGGUGUCCGAUUUCGGGAGCCGGCGGCGAUCGGAGUCCCUCCCGCGCCACCUCCCUGACCCCUCCUCCUCAUGCCGCUGCAAGGGAAAAUAUGAAGGGGAGUUGCUGCAGCCGUCGCAGCCGCUGCAGCACCAGCCCAGCGAGGAGGAGAAAGAGCCGCAAGAGGAGACGCGCAGAGGAGAACACGAGGCAGCGAAGGGCGGCCGCAGCUGUCCAAGGCGGUAUCUGAGCAGAAGGGACGCGGGCACCUCGGCGCACGCCCAACGGCCCUUCUCCGCUGCAGAGCCCUCGGCUGCGGGGAAGCUCAGCCUGGGGCGGCGGGCUCUGCCUUCUGUUCUUGCAGCUGCCCUCCUUUUUGAGGGGGAGAGAGCGGAGGAGGCGGCCAGUCGCCGCACUGUGGAAUUUUCAUUUGGCCAGGUGGCUCCAGCGGCUUUCCAGCACGCCUUUCAUCCUGGGACUUCAAGGAGCCUCCGCGCUUCGGACGAAGAAACCGAAGAGAAUCAAAGGGAGGGGGGGCCUGGGUAGAAGAGACGUUGUUGGAGAACUGGCGAUGUCCUGUCCCUGCUGCAGCCUGGUUAGGUACCUGUUCCUAGCCCUGCUCUUGCAUGGGCUGGGAGAAGGUUCUGCACUUCUUCAUGCAGACAGCAAGUCCCACCCUCGGUCACUGGAGAAGAAUGCAUGGCGAACUUUCAAGGAGUCACAGUGUCCUCACAUGCUGAAACAUCUUCACAGUGGAGCCCGAAUCACUGUACAAAUGCCUCCAACAAUUGAGGGACAUUGGGUCUCCACGGGUUGUGAAGUUCGGUCUGGCCCAGAAUUCAUCACAAGAUCAUACAGAUUCUACCACAACAAUACAUUCAAAGCCUACCAGUUUUAUUAUGGAGGUAACCGCUGCACAAACCCAAUAUAUACUUUAGUUAUCCGUGGUAAAGUUCGCCUUCGCCAAGCAUCAUGGAUCAUUCGAGGAGGGACUGAAGCCGAUUACCAGCUGCACAACAUACAGAUCAUCUGUCACAGUGAGGCAGUGGCUGGAAGACUAAGUCAGUUGGUGAAUUGCACAUGCCCUGGAUUUAUACCGGAAGACAAACCUUGGGAGCCGAAUGUGAGCUAUGAUAUAUGGAGAGAAGAAAAUGGCUAUGAAUGCAUCAGAGCUUUGAAUUUUGCCAUGCAUGAACUUCAGCUGAUCCGUGUAGAAAAGCAGUACCUUCACUAUAACUUAGACCACUUAGUAGAAGAGCUGUUUCUUGGAGACAUUCAUACUGAUCCUGCUCAGAGGAUGUAUUAUCGUCCAUCUAGCUACCAGCCUCCUUUACAAAAUGCCAAGAACCAUGACCAUUCAUGUAUAGCAUGCAGGAUCAUCUAUCGGUCGGAUGAACACCACCCUCCAAUUUUACCUCCAAAGGCUGAUUUGACUAUUGGAUUACAUGGGGAAUGGGUGAGCCAACGCUGUGAAGUGCGUCCGGAAGUACUUUUUCUCACCAGGCACUUCAUCUUCCAUGACAAUAAUAAUACUUGGGAAGGUCACUACUAUCAUUACUCUGAUCCAAUCUGCAAGCACCCUACUUUCACCAUCUAUGCCAAGGGCCGUUACAGCCGAGGAGUGCAUUCAUCCAAAGUGAUGGGUGGAACAGAAUUUGUGUUCAAAGUGAAUCAUAUGAAGGUCACUCCUAUGGACAUAGCUACCGCUUCUCUGUUGAAUGUCUUCAAUGGAAAUGAGUGUGGAGCAGAAGGAUCAUGGCAAGUUGGGGUACAACAGGAUGUUACUCACACUAAUGGCUGUGUUGCUCUGGGAAUCCGUCUUCCUCAUACAGAGUAUGAGAUCUUCAAAAUGGAACAGGAUGCAAAGGGAAGAUACUUGCUGUAUAAUGGUCAGAGGCCUAGUGAUGGAUCCAGCCCAGACAGGCCAGAGAAGAGAGCCACAUCAUACCAGAUGCCCUUAAUUCAGUGUACUUCAUCAACCCCAAGAGCAGAUGGAUCAUUAGAAGAAAAUAAACUAGGAUGGUACAGCAGUGGAACCCGAGCCAGGAAUCCCCGUGCCUUUGUUUUGGUUAUGAUGCUGACUAUUUGUACUGUUUGUCACUUGGGUAUUUACAGCUAGGAGUCGAGACUAUAUACAAUUUCAGAUGAAGAACUAGGAUGGUGCAUGCCUCAGGACACAGGAAAAUAAAAGAGAGGAGACAGAUAUAACUAUACAUUUGAGUGGCCAAGAAUUGCUUCCAUCCUGAACUUCGCUCACUUGUUUCUAUUUUGAGCUUCAACCAGUCUGAUCUAUGGCCUGACAUGACUGCACAACAGUAAUUGCACUUUAAGACUGCAGAUUUCCCCCCCUUCCUUGGUUGGUUUUUUUUUUUUUAAGGACACGCUAGGUUGAACUUAAACGUCUUAUACAGCAUUUUCUCCGCUGCCAACUUUGCUGUUGUGGUUCAUCCUAAAACCAAAAUCAGUUUUUUUCUUGGAGUUUAUCAGGAAUUAUGCUUUUAUCGUAUUGUGUCAAUACUGGUAAAUUGCAUCAUUCUUAUGCUACAAUGUAUAUAUGUAUAUAUGAGAAAUCCAAGCCAGGAUGUGUCUAAAUACACUUUCAUAGACUUUACAUAAAAUAUUAAGUGAUCUUUUAUGUUAAUGAUACUGACAGGAAAGUAUCUCAGAUUAAAAUUUGCAGAGAUAAUUUAAGGUAUUUUCAUAUAACUCUUUAAUUUGAGGAAAAUCAAAAGAUGUAGGUGACACAAGCAUUUUCUUGUGCUUGUCUCAAGGCAGAUUAAAAAACAUUCCAGGGUCCAUCAACUGGUUAUAAACAAACUUUUAAAAGUAAGGCAAAGGGAAGAAAAUGAUAGAUCUCUCAAGUGCCAAGGAAAUGAAGCCAGAGGGCCUUAUGUUAUAUUUUUAUGAAAGGCCAGGUGAAUGGAAUGCCUACCAUGUGCGGUGUGCUUAUCUUAAAUCUCAUUUUAUUAGAAUGAAGCAGUCAAGACUAAAUCUACUCCCAUAAAAGCAUAUUUUUACAAGAGACUUUAAAAAACAAUAAUUCACAAUAGGUUGUGGUAAAAAAAUGGAUAUUAGCAGCCAGCAGGCUGUGGGCCAAGUCACAAACUCUCUUUGGUUUGGAAAGCAGAAAAACUGAUGAAUAUUUAAUGAGAAUUCUUUUUUUUAAUAGUGGAAAUGGGACAGAUCUAUAUGAACAUUUUUAAUUUAGUUUGACAGUAGCCCUUUCAAAAACGACUAAUAAGAUACACAGAAUCAAGACACCCUGUCCAAACUGUUGUCUUAUUUAAAACCAGCAGCACUGGUUUUCCCCUGGAUGCAUAUGCAUGAGUUAAUUCACACAGAUAUGUAACUGACCUGUAUAACUCAAAAAGUAACAUGGCCUGUGGUGUAUUGCCAUGCACUGUUGCUUUAAUACAGUGUAAAAUUUCUCACCUCCUAGAGAAUAUGGAACAGUACAAAGCAAAAUAGUACACGCCUCAAAACCACUGCACAUUUAAAACAGUGGAGAAACCUUUAACAAUGCAAACUCGAUGUUGAAUCCAUAAUAAUCCAGUUCAAUAAAUCAUAAAAUAGCACUAACUUUCCUUUCGUAGUAAAUCAGGACUUCUAAUCACACUGAUUUCAACAGUUAAGGACACCUAACUGUGCUCGAGCCUAAUUUUCUAGUACACAAGGCUGUAGAAACAGGCUUGAAUAUAUAGUGGGAAACCAUGCAAGAAAUUCAAAAGUCAAGAAAUUUACAUAAGGCUUAGAAAUUGAAAACUUCACAUUUUUAGGGUAGAAGUCCAGCUAUAGUUGACAACCUUCAAAAUUCUGAAAAAAAUAGCUCCAUCAAAUACGUAACAUAACUAUCUAUAGUCUCUGAAUGUUGAUCAUUACAUAAUUAUAAAAUUGCUUUAAGUAUAUAACAGGGUGAAGCCAAAAGAAGGGGGAAGAACUUUUUUUAAAAAAUGGGCAGGAAUGAAUGGAACCAGACAUUAGCUGGGAAGAAAUCCGGACUCUUUAUAAGGAUUUCCAGUGCAAGGUUUCUCCCCCACCAAGACUCUAGAUCUUGGUAGCCUUACUUAUUGCAACUUUUCAUUACUUAUUGCCAGUUUUCAGAGACCAGCGAUCUCAGAAUUAUCAGAUCCUUGAGUUUUUAAAAGUCUCUCAAAGUUCAAUCAGUGGUUAGGCUAAGCAGGAGCCGUAAGAGUAAGAAAAACUGAAGCCCAUUUGGGCUGCAGAGUUCCUCCAUUCUCCUGGCUUCCUGGCACACUUGUGUAACAGCUGUCCUGUGCUGUGCAUGCUCUUCCCCAAGACAAUAAUCACCUGCAUCUCAGGCCCAUGCCGGAUGAAGGAGCAACUGGAAAACCCCUCCUGAUGUUUCAUAAUGCAUGAACACUUUGUUUUUUUUUGCUGAUAUUUCACUGACAUUAUAGUUUAUUGUUAAGUAAUCAUCUUUAGUGGUUUUUUUGUUCCUUCAGUUUUCCCUUUGAAGCUGUUAAUUGAAUCCCAACUAGUAUGUCUGUAGGGUGUGGUGACAUACUUAAUUUUUUAAUAAUGUCAAGGCUUAAUACUAACAUACAAUGCAAACCUUCUCGUAAGGUUUUGUAUCUGUUUUUCAAUCUAGCUGAUUUAAGUAUUCUCAGAACAGUGAUAUCUUCAAUUAUAACAAGUACUUUAGUUACUGACCACUUACAUUGCAUUAAUUAUGAUUUAGUGUAACAAUAUUCAUUGAGCAAUGGUAAUGAUGCUGGCAAAUUUCUGAAUUGGGGAAGCCUCAUUAAGCUUGGGUCUGACUCCUAACAAAGGCCUUAUCCUUAAGCCCAAUGAACAUCCUUUCCUACAAACAGGCAUAUGAGUUGUUUCCAGUGCCCCCUACUUUAAUGAAUUGGACCAAGGGGCACUGGAAAAAUCAACUCUCACACAAGAAAACAUGCUGUGAACCCUGCUCAGGAACAUCUAGGUAUUGGGGUGAACCCUACUAUGAUUCUUCUAUUACCAGCCAUCCCCACUCCCUCACAAUAAAUUUGCCUGGAUGGUAGUGGUAGAAAAGGGCUUGAGUUAAAUUCCCACAGGGCUCCAUCUUUCCAACCUCCUGGAAUGACCAAGGCAGCAGUCAGACAUCAUAACCAACUGCAGUUAUAUUUGUGCCCCACUAGAAUCUAUUACAGCUGUAAUAUACAUCCUCCUCAUUUUCUCCACCUUCUCGUUUAUGAAGACUGAUAAAAAUCUUCUUGGUUUAUUGAAGCUCCAAUUUGUGACAUCUGAAUGCAGGAAUCUAAAAAUGCGACUUUGUGUCCUAGUUUAAAUCUCAGCAACUGAAGCUCGAUAGAACUGGAGUGUUUGAUCUUUGUGUGCCAAAGGAGGGGGGAGUGCAGCAGCAAACUGUUUUUGGAUCCAGAGUUUAACUGCAAUCUGUCAUAAUGUCUGAAUGCAGCACCUGGAUAUUUCUGAGAAUGCUAAAAAAAAAAACCCUAAGAAAAUUGCAAACAGAUCUGGAAGAAGCGUGCCCAUCCCUUACAGGAAUCAUGUAGUAUUUUUUCAAAAGAGAGAACAGUUUGCUUUUUCAGCUCAAUAUUCAAGAUCUGAAGUAGCAUUAACAUUUGUAGCAAUGUAAAAUUUAGUCUUGAAGUAUCACAAAUUCCAAGAGUAAAAAUAAGCCUCUCUCCAGAGAGUUGUCUAUUUAAAUCUUAUUGAGAAAGAAGCUGAAUUUACAAGGUUUUACAUAACAUAUUGCUUCUCACCUAUAACAUGUAAGUAUCAGAAAACAAUAGGGUCAGCUGAUACAAGAUAGAUAAUAUGUUUAGGAGAAAACACAAGACUACUUUUUAAAAACCACACAAAACUGCCAGACACUGGAAACUUCUCUCCCUGGUAUUAAUUUUCAGCACUUGUUAGUGGAGGUAGCAGUGGAAAGGAUUCCAGUCAUUCUGAAGCAAGGUUGCCGUACAAGUCUCACAUCUUUGAUUACUACUCCACUUUUCUGUAUUCAAAAAUCAGAUUUGGCUCCGUAUUUCAGAUUGUGUGACUAGUAUGGUGUCAUAGACUGGAUUUAUUCCCUAAAUGGCAUCCUGCUAUAAAGAAUUUCAGUUUAAAAGUUGUACAUUUGCAUAAAGUCCUAGAAUUGUUUCUAAUAUAUAUUUUUUUUAUUUUUGUACCAUUAUAAAAAGCUAUUUUGCUUCCCAGUGUUGUUUUACAGAUUUGUUUGGGAAG